CCGCGUCCGCGUGACGCGUUUUCAAAUCUUCAACCGCCGCAGCCCACUCGUUUGUGCUUUACCUCUUCCUUCUCCGCGCCUUGGAGUCGAAUCCGGCCCCGGAAACCCGGACGGUAGACGCGGCAUCUCUGUUGCGUGGGUGUGGUAGUCUGCGGAAGGGGAAGAGGCGACCGGCUGAUAAAUCGGCCUCGACGAGCUGUGUUUUCGUGGCCGCCCGGCGCGACACUCUCCCGAACCCAGCAUGUAGGUGCCGGGCGGCUGCCAUGAACUCCGGAGCCAUGAGGAUCCACAGCAAAGGACAUUUACAGGGUGGAAUCCAAGUCAAAAAUGAAAAAAACAGAUCUUUAAAAUCUAUGAAAACUGAUAACAAACCAGAAAAAUCCAAAUAUAAGCCGCUCUGGGGAAAAAUAUUUUACAUUGACUUACCUUCUGUCACCAUAUCUGAAAAACUGCAAAAAGACAUUCAGGAUCUGGGAGGGCGAGUUGAAGAAUUUCUCAGCAAAGAUAUCAGUUACCUUAUUUCAAAUAAAAAGGAAGCUAAAUUUGCACAAACGUUGGGAAGAAUUUCUCCUGUACCAAGUCCAGAAUCUGCAUAUACUGCAGAAACCACUUCACCUCAUCCCAGCCAUGAUGGAAGUUCAUUUAAAUCUCCAGAUUCAGUGUGUUUGAGCAGAGGAAAAUUAUUAGUUGAAAAAGCUAUCAAGGACCAUGAUUUUAUUUCUUCAAAUAGUAUAUUAUCAAAUGCCUUAUCAUGGGGAGUAAAAAUUCUUCAUAUUGAUGACAUUAGAUACUACAUUGAACAGAAGAAAAAAGAACUAUAUUUACUCAAGAAAUCAGGCACUUCUGUAAGAGAUGUGGGGAAAAGAGUAGGUAUUGGCACACAGAAAGCAAGAACAGGUAGACUCAAAAAACCUUUUGUAAAGGUGGAAGAUAUGAGCCAACUUUAUAGACCAUUUUAUCUUCAGCUGACCAAUAUGCCUUUUAUAAAUUAUUCUAUUCAGAAGCCUUCCAGUCCAUUUGAUGUAGAUAAGCCAUCUAGCAUCCAAAAGCAAACUCAGGUUAAACUAAGAAUCCAAACGGAUGGCAAUAAAUGUGGUGGCAUCCCAAUUCAACUCCAAUUGAAAGAGAAGAAAAAAAAAGGAUAUUGUGAAUGUUGCCUGCAGAAAUAUGAUGAUCUUGAAACUCAUCUUCUAAGUGAGCAACACAGAAACUUUGCACAGAGUAAUCACUAUCAGGUUGUUGAUGAUAUUGUAUCUAAGUUAAUUUUUGAUUUUGUGGAAUAUGAAAGGGACAUGCCUAAAAAGAAAAGAAUAAAAUACAGUAUUGGAUCACUUUCUCCUAUUACUGCAAGUGUCCUGAAAAAGUCUGAACCAAAAGAAAAGCUAGAAUUGCAGCGUAUUCCUCAGAAAGAUUUCAAGGAAAAUAAUGUACAGGUAAUUGAGCAGCAUUUCCUGUAUAAAGAAAUCCAGGAACCUGAACAGAAGUUUCUGUUUAUUUCAGAAUGUAUCCCCUACCCUUCAAGUGAAUUGAGAGGACUCGAGAAAGUAACUAGUAAAUGUUCCGUGUUAAAUCCAGCUGAAAAUGACAUAAAACAAAAUUUUACACAUCUACCUCCGCAUAAAAAUAAACAGGAAUGCAUCCUUGACGUUUCUGAACAUAAAUUAAUGACAAAUGAAAGUGACUUAGAAGAACUAAGGGUAGAUCAUUGUCCAUGUAGGCUACAGACACCUGUACAAGUUUCUAAUGUCAGUAUGGAUAAUACUGCAUCUCAACCAAAACCAAAGUCAGAUAUUGUGCUUUUUCCAGCAAAGGAUCUGAAGAAAAAGGACCUUCAUUCAAUAUUUGGUCAUGAUUCUGGUCUGUUAGCAAUAAACAGUUCACAGGAGCACGGAACAAUUCAGACAAAGACUCCAUCCCGAAGUCCCCCUGAGGAACCCAAUGAAUGUGACUUUAACAAUAUGGAUGGUUUACCUUCUGGUACGAUCCAUCGGAAAGUGAAAAUAUUAUUAGGAAGAAAUAAAAAAGAAAAUCUGGAACCAAAUGUGGAAUUAGAUAAGAAAAGAACUGAAUUUCUUAUUACACAAGAAGGAAACAGGAUUUGUAGUUCCCCAGUACAAUCUCUACUAGACUUGUUUCAGACUAGUGAAGAGAAGUCAGAAUUUUUGGGUUUCACAAGCUAUACCGAGAACAGUGGUAUAUGUGAUGUUUUAGAUAUUUGGGAAGAAGAAAAUUCAAAUAAUUUGUUGUCAGUGUUUUUCUCUUCCCCUUCAACUUCUACAUUUACUGGCUUUUAGACUUAAAAAUAAAUACCUUUCAGAAGUGAUGAAGAUCAUAUUCUUGAAAUUUUUAUAUGUAUGAAAAUACUUAGGUUUUUUUUUUUUUGCCAACUUUGUUUACAGAACCAAGUGUAAAUAUUAAUAAAGGUGAUGUUUGCAUUUUUCUACAGAAUUGGAUACUUAUUAUAGAAAAAUC